UACGCGGCGUCUUAUCAUGUGUUAUAUAAAGAAAAUGUCACUUUAUAUCUCUGACUUUCUUCUACAGUAAAUUCAGUCUUAGACUUUUUCGAGCAUACGUUCUAAAUCGGAAAAUUGUAUAAGAGUACGGAAAGAUAAGAAAGCUGACUCACACAAUACUUGUUUGCUCUCGACAUCCCACUUGCGAAUCUGUAAAGUACGAAGAAUAUAUAGAAAACAUGUAUAAUCUGCAGGUAAUCGUCGAAAGAAAGGCUCAAUGGAAAUUCAAAUGUGAUAAUAACUACAACGAUGCGACGAAGAAGAGACGAGCUCUCCUGGAUUUGCUGUUGGAGAUAUCAGAUAGCGGCACCGUCCUUUCAGACGAGGACAUUCGCGAAGAAGUGAAUACUUUUAUGUACGCUGGACACGACACAAUGGCCACCAGCAUAUCCUGGACACUUUACGUAUUAGGACGACAUCCCGAAUAUCAAGAAAAAAUUGUGGACGAAUACAACGACGUGCUGGGCAAUGACGAGAUUACCUUGGAAAAUAUACACAAAUUAACGUGGUUGGAUGCCUGUAUCAAGGAACAGUGGAGAUUGUAUCCGGUGGUUCCGCUUAUAGCGAGGCAAAUUUAUACACCGAUUGAAAUAAUCGGCAAUCAAAUCCCAUCGGGCUCGACAGUUCUUAUCAACUCCUAUUUGCUGCAUCGCGACGCCCGUCACUUCCCGGAGCCAGAGAUUUAUCGUCCGGAACGAUUCUUAUCCGACGGCCUCAAGUUACCCCCUUACGCCUUCAUCCCAUUCAGCGCCGGCUCGCGCAAUUGCAUUGGCUGGAAGUUCGCCACGCUAGUUAUUAAAGUAGCCGUCUUGAACGUGCUGAAAGCCUACCGCGUGGAGGCUUUCGAUAGGGAAGACCAGUUGCGCCUUAUAUCCGAAUUGGUGUUGGUCAACGCAAACGGACUUCGUCUCAAAAUCACCCCGCGCGAAUGAUAGAGCGCGAUCUUUUCCCACACCACUAAUUAAAGAUCUUAAAUAUCUUCAAAUUCUUUGAGCGGUUUUAAUUAAGGGUGGCAGUGAAGAAAAUUUUAUAUUCCAAACUGCACCCCCCGCACGAGUGGGGCUCGUGCGGAGAAACUGGGCUAUCUUUCGGAGGAGAAAUUUGAUGCACGGAAGUAUUUCAGUAUUUUAA